CAUUAUCAAGUGGUGUGGUGUGGGGAUUUCUUUAGCAUAGACGAGACGCUUGUGGUAGCCGAUUUCCUCUUCCCAAUCAUCGCCAUUCCUUAUCCUUUUCUAUAUUAUUUGGAGGGGAAAUUCAACUGAAUUUACGAUCCCGUCUACCGCCCAAAAAUUGCAGUAAUCUUCCGACCCAUCAAGAUUCCCAGCUCUAUGCUCUGCCUCUAAGUCAAUUCGUAUUCCUUCUUUUUCUUUUGCAAAGGAAAUCAAUUCGUAUUUCGUAUGCGUACAAAAUUGUACCACAAUUCUUGAUAUUGCGUGUGAUUUUAUCUCUCCCACAGGCCCAGAGACGUGACUUUUUGGUAUUUUUCCUCAUUUGCGUUCUUCAAUCUUCAUUUGCUGUUUCUCGGCCUGUCCGGUUUUUCGUUGGGGAAUUGGGUUUCUCAGAUUGGCUUGUCUGAUAAAAGGGGUCUGGAUCAUCUCCUUUGUUCGAUCUUAAGAACCCAUAUUUUGAUUGUACAUCUUUGAAUUAUUAGCUAUCAAUUCAUUUUCUUGUUGCUAGCGAAAUUGGAGAUUCGUUUGUUCUUCCCCUUCUGUUUCUGAAGCCUAUUUUCUUUCUGGGUUUUCUAUUUCAUUCCUCAGAAGUGUGGUUUCACGGUUAUUUGGACCGUUUAGAGAACAUAUACUUCUUCAAUUAUUAUUAGGAGCUGGGUAUUUGGAAUCUUGUGGUUUCAGUUAAAGGCAGCCAUUGAUUGCAUACGAUCCUCUACAGUUAAGUCUGGAAAAUUUCAGUUAUCUUUGGAAUUAUCGUGGAAAAUCGUUUGAGAUUUCUUUAAGCUUCCAGCCCUUUUGCGUUGAGAUAAUUUUGAGAUUCUUGAAAGGAUGACCAUUGACACUCUUGCACCGAGGGAGGAGAGGAGGUCGAUCAGGAAGAAGGCUGCAGUGGAUGAGAAAUCUCCAUUGUUACCAAAUAGGCAAGAUGAAGGUUCUGGGUUUCAUGAAUUCAAUGGAGCUUCCUUCAGUGGGGCAGUGUUCAAUUUAUCCACUACAAUUAUUGGGGCUGGGAUCAUGGCUUUGCCUGCAAUGGUGAAAGAGUUGGGCCUAUGUCUAGGAGUCGCCAUGAUCAUCUUCAUGGCAUUCCUUACUGACGCUUCAAUAGAGCUGUUGCUCAGGUUUAGUCGGCCACGGAAGUCGACUUCUUAUGGAGGUUUAAUGGGAGAUGCUUUUGGGAGAUAUGGAAAAAUGGCUUUGCAGAUAUGUGUUCUUGUCAAUAACAUUGGUGUUCUUACAGUGUACAUGAUUAUUAUAGGUGACGUGCUCUCUGGAACGUCUACGGGCGGUGCUCACCAUGCCGGUAUUCUGGAAGGAUGGUUUGGACAAUACUGGUGGAAUGGUCGGUUCUUCGUACUUCUAGUCACGACGCUCGGUAUUUUUGCACCAUUGGGAUGCUUUAAGCGAAUAGAUUCAUUGAGCUUUACAUCUGCCUUAUCAGUUGCACUGGCUGUAGUAUUCCUUAUCAUUACCGUCGGAAUUUCAAUUUACAAGUUGAUAGACGGAACCAUUGAGAUGCCCAGAAUGCUCCCUGAGAUUUUCGACGUGACGUCGUUCUUGAAGCUAUUUACUGCCGUCCCCGUUGUGGUUACUGCAUAUGUCUGUCAUUACAACGUUCACAACAUAAGCAAUGAACUCGAGGAUCCUUCACAGAUAAAGGCGGUUGUACGAACCGCGCUUGGUCUAUGCUCUUCUGUUUACGUUAUGACCAGCAUUUUUGGUUACCUCCUUUUUGGCGAGGGAACCCUCUCAGACGUACUUGCAAACUUUGAUACUGACCUCGGCAUUCCCUAUGGUUCCGUGUUUAAUGAUGCUGUCCGUGUUAGCUAUGCAGCACACCUGAUGCUCGUAUUCCCAAUCGUCUUUUACCCUUUGAGGAUUAACUUGGAUGGCCUCCUCUUUCCGUCUGCUCGGCCCUUGGUUCAAGACAACUGGAGAUUCUCGCUGAUCACUUCUGGGCUUAUCACUCUCAUUUUCUUGGGAGCAAAUUUCAUUCCCAGCAUCUGGGAUGCCUUCCAAUUCACUGGUGCAACUGCUGCUGUCUGCCUUGGAUUCAUAUUCCCUGCUUCUGUAGCUUUGAGGGAUUCACACAAUAUAGCGACGAAGAAGGACAAGGUGUUUGGCGUUUUCAUGGUGGUCCUUGCCGUAUUCUCCAACAUCAUUGCCAUAUACAGCGAUGCCUACGCUUUGUUCAAAAAGAACUCACCCCGAAACUGAUUCAUCGUGCUUGCUCGCUGAUCAUGACGCUUAGGAACAAGAUCGUCACAUCUUCAGCCGAUAAACAUCGGUUGUCGCAAGAACCAGAUACAUUUCCUUGAUGGCAAAUUGAAGGUUUGCCAAGGACUUGAGUUAAAAGUAAUGAGAUGAAUGUGCAGUUGUGUUUAGUGUACUUGGCUUCUGUUCUCCAACUCCUUGUGUAUUAUAUCAUCCUCCUCUUCUGAACUUUUGGUACCUUUGUUUGGCAUAUAUGUUUUAGUGUGGCUACUAUUUUGUUUAUUGUUAAUGGUCACCUUCAAUGUUGCAAAUUGUUAUUGAUUAGUUUGUUUUGAUCUUUGGAACUCUCUCAAGAAUAAAAUAAUGUGAGUUUUUGUUCAA